AUGAGAAACAGCACACACCCCUCGUACAAAGUGGCCGUGUUUUGGACAACGAAGAUGGAAGAUGGAAAAUACACCAGUAUUCCGUCCGUUCCAAUGGGUAAUAGUAACCGCGUCAAAAUGGAAAGAGAGGCUGAAAGCAGGCCGAAAAGCGGUUUUUCCCAAGCGGCAAACAAUCCUGCAGUGAUCGUGGGUUUGGGUGUCACAACACUCGCCUUGAUCGGAAUGUUCAGAUCAUCACUCCUUGGUGACAAACUACGCACACAAAAAUUCAUGCAGAAAAGAGUCAUGGCUCAAUUCUUCACCGUAUCAGCUCUCAUCGCAGGAGUUGGCUACCUUGCGGCCAAACAAUAUGGCCAAAAAGAAAAUUCAUCCGACUCGAUGCUUCAUAAGCACUAA